GAGAACAGACAUGGCUCCACCCACAGGGCUGUGUUGAGAGGACAGAUCUGAGGCGAGCCGCACACGGACACCCUGUGGGGAGAAGAGACCUGCCCGGCUGCGGCCAGUGGAGGGGCUGCUCUGGGCCAGGACAGGGGCCCAGGCAGAAAGAGAACACGUCAGGUCCUCUCAAGCACUCCACCCAAUGUCAGACCCAAAUAGUGUCCAACGCCAGGCCACCUCCAGGGUCUGCCACUGCACCCUGCCCAGUUGUGCCCACACCCAGCAGGGACAAGAGCCCUCUGUGGUGCCAGCAAAGGCUGAUGACUAUGAGGGACUGGCCUGGGAGAAGAGCCUGGGGUCCACACGGGCCAGAGAGCAAGGGCUGCACAUGUGUGUGCGUGCAUGCCUGCAGAUGUAAAGGUGCAGUGCACUGCGUGUGUGCUAUGCCUAUGCAUGUGCGUAUCCUGAGUGUGCUGUGCAGCAUGGGCCCCCCCACGGGGCAGUGGGGUCAGGCAAGGGCCAGGUCCCUAUGACACCUUCUGUAGGCCCAGAGCCCCCACCCCUGGGCUGUUGCUAGCCUCCCCAGCUCCUCCGGGUGCAUGGGGCCUGAUCUGCACCUCUACCCCCAAGCCUAGUGUCAGAGGCCGGCAGACCCAGGCUACAGGAAGCUGGUCCCCAGGCACCCAGAGGCUAAGUGUGAACUGCCGCCCCGCCCAUCGGGGCCCCUGUACACCUGGUGCUGACCCAGCUGCAGCAGCCCAUUUGGUUACAGCCUCUCCUCUCAUUUGCAUGUGCCUUUCUGCAGGCCCAGCUGUGAGCCCUGUCCCCAGGAGGAGGCACCUGCCAUAUUGAGUGCUCAGGGUUGGUGUGGGCACAGCCGGCCACAGGGCUCCUGAAGCUUCCAGGCCUCAGACCCCAGGGGAGGAAUGGCCCAGACCCUCAAGGUGCACUGUUCCCAUGCAGGCUGAGAGGCCAUAGCCCUGACCCCAGCCACAGGGUGGAGGCCACGCUGGCCGACUGUCCACUGGCCUCCUGGCUGGUCUGCAGGGCUGUGGGACACUUCCCUUCAGGCUGCCCCUUGGGCUUGCAGAUGGAGCCAGCCCUGCGACGUCCCCAGCUGCUGACAGUGCUUCUCCAGGGUUGGAGAGAGAAGGUGUUUGUGUGCCUACACACUGGGGCACUGGCACCUCCAACCCCUCCCACAGGCAGCUAGAUAUCCCAGGACCCUCUGGCAGAGAAGUUCUGGGUGUCCCUCUCCUCCAGGAAUGGGGUGGGUGCUGAGGGUUUGGGCACAGGCAGCUAAUGGGUCAUGGUCUGGCUGCUUAGAGCCUAGCUGUCCAGGUCACUCUUGGCCAGAGAGCCUGGUGGUGUCAUCAGGAUAAGAGCGUCUGACGUGCAAACCUGCAGGGCCCAGGAGAGGGAGGAUGGCCCCCCCGAAGGGACCCCCAGGCUGGCAGGUGAGGACCGGCAAGGGUUUUGCUAAACAAAUCCUGCCCCGCCCCCGCCCCAACUCACUUUAUCUGGGGCCUGCCCAAAUCACCCACUUGCCAUCCCUGCCAGAAGCUGCCACCUGCCAUGUCAGGCCUGGCUCUCCUGGGCCUCAUGGCUCUCCUGGGCCUCCGGGCGGGGGCCCCGUUGUGCCUGACCCAGCAGUUCCAGAUGCCGGGGGACUACGUGCUGGGCGGGCUCUUCCCCGUGGGCUUGGCUGAGGGUGCCAGUCUCACCAACAGGACACAGCCCAACACCACCAUGUGCACCAGGUUCUCGUCCGUCGGCCUGCUCUGGGCGCUGGCUGUGCAGAUGGCUGUGGAGGAGAUCAACAACGGGUCCACCCUGCUUCCCGGGCUGCACCUGGGCUACGACUUCUUCGACUCGUGCACAGAGCCCGUGGUCGCCAUGAAGCCCAGCCUCCUGUUCAUGGCCAAGGCGGGCAGCCGCAGCAUCGCCGCCUACUGUGACUACGCACAGUACCAGCCCCGCGUGGUGGCCGUCAUCGGGCCCCACUCGUCCGAGCUCGCCCUUGUCACCGGCAAGUUCUUCAGCUUCUUUCUCAUGCCUCAGGUCAGCUAUGGCGCCACCACGGAACGGCUGAGCAACCGGGAGGAGUUCCCGUCCUUCUUCCGCACAGUGCCCAGCGACCGCGUGCAGGCGGCAGCCAUGGUGGAGCUGCUGCAGGAAUUCCGCUGGAACUGGGUGGCUGCCAUGGGCAGCGAUGACGAGUACGGCCGGCAGGGUCUGAGCCUCUUCUCUGGCCUGGCCACUGCGCGGGGCAUCUGCAUCGCGCACGAGGGCCUGGUGCCGCUGCUUGGCGCCGACAGCCGGAAGCUGGGCUCCCUGCAGAGCCUGCUCCAGCAGGUGAACCAGAGCCACGUGCAGGUGGUGGUGCUGUUCUCCUCCGCCCUCGCCGCCCACACCUUCUUCAGCCUCAGCAUCCGCUGCGGGCUCUCGCCCAAGGUGUGGGUGGCCAGCGAGGCCUGGAUAACCUCAGAACUGGUCAUGAUGCUGCCCGGCAUGGCCCAGGUGGGCACCGUGCUUGGCUUCCUGCAUCGGGGCGCCCUGAUGCCCGACUUCUCAUCAUACGUGCAGACUCGCCUGGCCCUGGCUGCUGACCCUGCCUUCUGCGCCUCGCUGAACGCUGAGCAGCCGCCCCUGGGGGGGCGUGUGGUGGGCCCGCGCUGCCCCCAGUGCGACCACAUCACACUGAAGAAUGUGUCCACCCUGCUGCCGCACCACCGGACCUUUGCUGCUUAUGCAGCCGUGUAUGGCGUGGCCCAGGCCCUCCACAACACGCUGCUCUGUAACGCCUCUGGCUGCCCCACACGGGAGCCUGUGCGGCCCUGGCAGCUCCUGGAGAACAUGUACAACAUGACCUUCCGAGUACGUGGCACAGUGCUGCGGUUUGACGCCAGGGGGAAUGUAGACAUGGAUUAUAACGUGAAGCUGUGGGUGUGGCAGGACCUGAUGCCCACAUUGCUCACCGUGGGCACCUUCAGUGGCCGCCUGCAGCUCCAGCACUCCCGGAUACGCUGGCACACGCCGGAAAACAAGGAGCCUGUGUCCCAGUGCUCACGGCAGUGCAAAGAGGGCCAGGUGCGCCGCGUGAAAGGCUUCCACUCCUGCUGCUACGACUGUGUGGACUGCAAGGCGGGCAGCUACCGGCGCAACCCAGAUGACCUCCUCUGCACCCUGUGUGACCAGGACCAGUGGUCCCCAGACAGGAGCACGCGCUGUUUCCCCCGCAGGCCCAAGUUCCUGGCAUGGGGGGAGCCGGCCGUGCUGGUGCUGCUCAUGCUGCUGGGCCUGGCUCUGGGCCUGGCACUGGCAGCCCUGGGGCUCUUCAUCCAGCACAGGGACAGCCCGCUGGUUUGGGCCUCGGGGGGGCCACGGGCCUGCUUUGGCCUGGCCUGCCUGAGCCUUGUCUGCCUCAGCGUCCUCCUGUACCCCGGCUGGCCCAGCCCCACCAGCUGCCUGGCUCAGCAGCUGCUGCUCCACCUCCCACUCACCGGCUGCCUGAGCACCCUCUUCCUGCAGGCGGCCGAGAUCUUUGUGAGGGCAGAGCUGCCAAUAAGCUGGGCGGAUUGGCUGCAUGGCCGCCUUCGGGGGCCCUGGGCCUGGCUGGCGGUGCUGCUCGCCAUGCUGGCGGAAGCAGCACUGUGCACCUGGUACCUGGUGGCCUUCCCACCGGAGGUGAUGACAGACUGGCGGGUGCUGCCCACAGAGGCACUGGUGCACUGCCGUGUGCACUCCUGGGUCAGCUUCGGCCUGGUGCACACCACCAAUGCCACGCUGGCCUUCCUCUGCUUCCUGGGCACCUUCCUGGUGCAGAGCCAGCCCGGCCGCUACAACGGCGCUCGUGGCCUCACCUUUGCCACGCUGGCCUACUUCAUCACGUGGAUCUCCUUUGUGCCCCUCUUUGCCAACGUGCACGUGGCCUACCAGCCCGCUGUGCAGAUGGGCGCCAUCCUCCUCUGCGCCCUGGGCAUCCUGGCCACCUUCCACCUGCCCAAGUGCUACCUGCUGCUGUGGCGGCCGGAGCUCAACACCCCCGAGUUCUUCCUGGGAGGGGGUCCGGGCAAUGCCACAGGACAGGAUGGCAGUAGGGGUGGGGAGGAGACUCAGGGCAAAAACAAGUGAUUCCUGACCAGGUGACCUUACCCCCAUGAAACCAGACCUAGUUGAGAUGCCCCCAAACCAAGUCCCCAUGCAGGAACCGGCAAACUGUGCCCCGACUCUGCUGAGACCCCCCAGCUCUAGAUUCUGGCCCCAGGCUGACUGCUGACAGUGCAUGAGGGGCCUCAGCCCCGUGGGUCUCACCACCUGGGACCCCAGAGAGUCAGGCUCUAUCCCCAUCCCAGCCAAGCCCUGGCCAAGGCCUGCCCAGGUGACCCAGCCCCACUGUUCUGGAAAGAGGCCCAUGGAGGGUUCCUCAGGCCCCCGCAGCCCGUGCUGAAAGCUCAGACAGCCCCCUGAAAGCCGAGCUGGGCGUCACUUGGCUGAGCCUGGAGCCACCACCCAGUACCCCCUCUAAGUGUCACAGAAAUGGAACGCUAGUGGGUGGGCUGCCCUGAUCCCUCUGUAGGGUGUGUGCCUGACCGUGGCCUCCAGCGCAGGACAGACGCUUGCUCAGGCGGAGACCAGCACCCAGCUUCCUUCUCGCUCCCUGGCCCUGCCAGGUGGGUAGAAUGGGGUCAGCCUGCCACCAGCACCGUGGACAGAGCCCAGGCCGGCGCGGGGCGGGGUGUGGGGGGGGUGGUCAGCACCAAGGCCAGUGCCAGCCACCAGGACCCCUGGAGCCGGGAGCCAGCACCACAGACAGAAGACAGCCCAGCAGGACCCUGCUAGCAGCCAGCACCGGGACAGAGCCUUGUGGCUGAGCUGGGACCCCCGAGGAGACCACCUGUCCUAAAUCAGCUCUUGGCCAGGCCCUGGGGAGGCUGGACCAGCCCCCACGCCCCAGUCUCCUAAGGCAGCCCAGCUGGAGAGAGAGAAAGGACACAAACCACACCUCAGUCCCAUA